AUGUUUGGUUCACCGUUCACAGGCUUCGGCCUGAAGAGUCUCAUCACUGGAGCGCUACUCUUGUGCUCCUCUUCCUCUGUUUCCGCGAAGAGGUCGAACCAAUGGAUCGAUAUCUGGGGUUCUAUGCCGCAGCUCGUUGAGCCUGGAAACCUUCCUCCUGCUCCUUAUAAUGGCGAAGACGCGGUCUUCAAAAACGCCACCCUGCGCCAGACGGUCUACAUCACCCAAGAUGCCUCGACCAUCCGGCUGAGCUUCAGCAACGCCUUCGGCGGCUCCGACCUGCCUAUCACCGCAGCCACCGUCGCUCUGCCGGCAUCCAGAGCAGGCGCCGGUUCCAGCGCCAUCAAGCCCGGGUCCGUCAAGACCGUCACCUUCUCAGGCGGCAAGCCCGACUUCCUCGUUCCCAACGGCGCUCUGGUCAUCUCGGACCCUAUCAAGUUCAAUGUCAAGGCCCAGUCCAUCCUGACCGUUACGCUAUACCUCGCCUCUGGCCAGGCCGGCCAGUCCAUCACCGGCCACCCGGGUAGCCGCACCACCAGCUGGCUUGCGCCGGGUAACCUCGUUUCCGCCACCAACUUGACUUCGGCCGGCACCCAGUCCACCGACCACUGGUACUUCCUCUCCUCCAUCGAGGCCUACCAGCCCGAGCGUGCCUCCGCCCUUUACAUUGUGGGCGACUCCAUCACCGACGGCCGCGGCUCCACCACCAACGCCAACAACCGCUGGCCUGACCAACUCCUCGCUCGCCUGCAAAAGGCCGGCCGGUCCCUCUCGUCGAUCUCAGUCAUCAACCAAGCCGCUGGCGGCAACCGCGUCCUAGCCGACGGUCUCGGCCCCAACGCCCUCGGCCGCAUCGAGCGCGACGUUCUCGCCCGCCCCGGCUCUGGCGUGUGCUACGCCCUGAUCUUCGAGGGUGUUAACGACAUCGGCACCGCCGCCCUCGACUCCGCUUCCCAAACCACCGUCGGCGACAGACUGAUCUCUGCCUACGAGCAGAUGAUCACGCGCUUGCACUCGCAUGGCAUCGCGGCCUUUGGGGCCACCAUCACGCCUAUGAGCGGACCGGGCCAGGCGUACGGUGGGCCCGAGAGGGAGAAGACGCGCCAGAGGGUCAAUGAGUGGAUUAGAAGGAGUGGCAGGUUCGAUGCGGUGGUGGACUUUGAUAAGGCGGUUAGGGAUCGCAGCAAUGGGACGAUGCUGGAUAAGAGGUGGGAUAGUGGGGAUUAUCUGCAUUUGAACCCGGAGGGGUAUAGGACGAUGGCGGAGGCGGUGGAUUUGAAGAUUUUUGAGAGGUUUGCGGAUGGGGUGGAUGUGUAUUUGUAG